AUGACUUCCGCAUCUCAAUUCGUUCCACACACACUCAAUACGCCGAUUGCUAUCAAAUUAGAUGAUGAUAUUUUCCUGAUUUGGGAACAACAGGUUCUUGCAACAAUUCGAGGGUUAAAACUUGAGAAAUUUGUUCGUGGAGAUGCAAUUCCACCACGUUUUGCUACAAAAGAAAAUGAAACUGCGAAGAUGGAGAAUCUUGAAGCAAAAACAGAGAAUCUUGAAUACACCAAUUACGUUCAACAAGAUCAACUGCUUGUCGCGUGGCUCUUGGCAUCAAUGUCCUCACCAAUCUUGACAAAGAUGGUAGGAUUGAAAUUUGCUUAUCAAAUUUGGAAGAGGUUAGAGGUAUAUUAUGCUGCACGCACACGAGCUGUUAUCAAGAAAUUGAAAUUGCAGCUUCGGAUGAUCAAGAAAGAUAAAGGUAUCAAUGAAUAUCUCCUAGAAAUCAAGAAAAUUGUUGACUCUCUUGCUGCAGUUGGACCGCCUAUUUCUGAUGAAGAUCAUAUUGAUGCAAUUCUGGAUGGUUUGCCGGAUGAGUUUGAUUGUUUCGUUACUUCCAUCACGUCUAGACUUGAUCCAUACAUUGUUGAUGAGAUAGAGGCAUUAUUGCUUGCUCAUGAAGAGAGAUCUGAAAAGCAAAAGCGUUCAGACACCCCUCUUAUUCAUGCAAAUACUGUUUCUGGUCCAAAUCAAUGGCAGAACCCCAACCAAGGUCGUGGUAGAUCUGCUUUCAAUACACGAGAAGAAUUUCGUGGGGGAAGAUUUCAUAAUAGAGGUGGAAAUUGGAACAAUAGAGGCAGGUUUAAUGCUGGUAGAGGCAAUGGACGCUCAAAUUGGAAUCAAACUGGUCAAAACAAUUGGAAUCAAAAUAAAUCCACCUGUCAGAUUUGUGGUAAAAUUGGCCAUAUUGCUCUUAACUGUUAUUACAGGUACAAUCAAGAGUAUCAAAAUCACCCUCAGGCCAAUAACACUCAGUUUCAACCUAGUGGAUAUGAUAUCUCAGAGACCAUUACUCUUGCAACUGCUUCAACUGUGCAAGACCCCCUCUAG